AUGGUUCGGUGGAUAACUGCUCAGCAUGAGCGGUAUGGCGAAGCUGUCAGAGUGGCCCCGGACGAAGUCUCGUUUAUCUCUGGGGAAACGGCAUGGCAGCAAAUCUAUGGUUUUCACGCCGGGAAGCAGAAGUCACUGCAAUUUCUGAAAGACCCUGUGUGGUUCGGGUAUAGCGAAGAAUCCAAGCUCAGCAUUGGGUCUGCACUUCCUGAGGACCAUACGAGAAUGCGACGCUCAAUGUCACAUGCCUUCUCCGACAGGGCCAUCAGACAGCAGCUGCCGCUGAUUUUAGAGUAUAUUGGCAGUCUCAUUGAUGGACUGCGAGAGCAAGCUAGGUCCGAGUCUAACAUUGUCGACCUUGAGCGGUGGUACAGCUGGACAAAUUUUGAUUUAACAGGCCAUCUCACCUUUGGAGAAUCCUUUGGAUGCCUUUCCAAACGCGCCGACAACAACUUCAACCGUAUUGUAUCGAAGCUCGACUCCGCGGCCACCCACUUGGUUGCGAGCAACUACUUCACGAUCACAAAAUGGUUCCCCUCAUGGAUCUUCCCACAGUCAAUGAUUGAGUUGAUGAACUUGCGGCAUGAGGUGCUCAAGCACAUGCAAGAUCUAGUGCGCAGGCGUCUCGACCGGGAGGUGACACAACCGGAUUUCAUGACGGAGAUCGCCAAAGAUCGGGGUGAAAAUGGUCUCUCAUUCCCUGAGAUGGAGAUGAACUCCCUUUUCCUGAUGGUGGCCGGCGCCGAAACUCCAUCGACCGCGCUUGCUGCCACGACAUAUCUAUUGUUGAAGAAUCCGGACAAACUGGAGAAGCUACGGAGUGAGGUGAGAGACACUUUUGGCAAUACUAGCGUCAAUGACCUCGAUAAGCUGGUAGGUUUGCCCUACCUGAACGCUGUCAUCAAUGAGGGACUUCGAUUCUUCCCGCCAAUUCCCACUGGCCUACCACGUGUGGUGCCGCCUGGUGGUGCCACGAUCAGUGGACGCUACAUUCCUCAAGGAACCGCGGUGUACAUGUCACAGUACCCAGCGAACCAUAGCAGCAGAAAUUUUACCAACCCUAACGCCUUUGUGCCCGAACGAUGGCUUGGUGGUCAUGCUUAUGCAAACGAUAAGAGAGAAGUUGUGAAGCCCUUCGCUUAUGGUCCCCGCAAUUGUGUAGGGAUGAACCUUGCUUUGGCUCAGAUGCGACUUAUACUGGCUAAGAUGACACUUGCAUUCGACUUGGAGCUCGUCCAUCCCGAAAGAGACUGGCUGGACCAGAAAUCUUUCACAGUCUGGGAGAAAAACCCCCUCACCGUGCGUGUGUCAGAAGCAAAAUGA